AGACUGCUGUGAACAUUGCCUACUCUUGUAGUAUAUUUGAUGAUGAAAUGGAUAGAGUGUUCAUGGUGCAAGGCAAGAAUUAUGAGACAGUUUAUCAAGAACUCAGGUACAGGACAGCAAGGGCCAAGAUGAAACCUGAGUCUCUGCUGGAAUCAGACCCAACAAACAUUCAUCUCUCUACAAAGCCUAAAAUGCCCUUCGCAGUACCUGAUGAGGAGCCCAAUGGCAACUAUGGCUUGGUCAUCAGUGGCUACAGUCUGGCCUGUGCUCUAGAAGAGAACCUGGAGUUGGAACUGCUGCGAACAGCAUGCAUGUGCAAGGGUGUGAUCUGCUGCCGGAUGAUGCCUCUUCAGAAGGCCCAGGUGGUAGAGCUGGUGAAGAGGUACAAGAAGGCAGUGACAUUGGCCAUCGGGGAUGGG